AUGGUUUACUAUUCGGACAGCCGGGUAGUACUCGGAUAUAUAUCAAAUCAAACCAGGCGAUUCUAUGUAUAUGUUAGCAACAAAGUAGAGCGUAUACUCAACACCACACAAUCAGUACAGUGGCGUUAUAUACAGUCAGACAAGAAUCCAGCCGACCUGCCUUCUAGCGGUAUUACCUCGUCUGGACUAGCGUCUUCUGAAUGGCUAAAAGGCCCUGAAUUUCUCCGUAACAAAGGCGCUACAGCAGAUAUUCAACCAACCGAAUUUCCAAUUCAAGAAGAAGACCCCGAAGUUAGACCCGUGGUUAAGACUUAUUCUACAAAAUUGCAGCCAAGCUCGGGACUCGGAGCAGAAAGGUUUCACAGGUUCUCUGAUUGGUUCAAACUCUUACGAGCAAUAAAUGACCUACUCCAUAUAACACGUUCAUUCGGCAACAAGCCAACACAACCUAAAAGCUUCAAAGGUUGGCAUAUUUGCACGUCAUCAACCACACCAGACGACUUAGCUGAGGCAAGUCAAAUUGUUAUACGCACUACCCAGUAUACUGUGUUCAAAGCAGAAUUGGACCUGUUAGAAAGCCGACGACCACUUCCAAAGGCGAGUCCACUCAUUAAGCUAGAUCCAUAUAUAGAUGACAAAGGGCUUCUUCGUGUCGGUGGGCGCCUCAGUAAUGCUGGAAUUGGAGAACGUGCUGCUCAUCCUAUAAUUAUUCCAGGAUCCCACUAUGUAUCUGACUUAUUAAUCAGUUAUUAUCACGCACAAGUUAAGCAUCAAAGGAGACACCUCACACGUGGAGCAAUCAGAAGUGCAGGAUAUUGGAUUGUUGGAGAGAAGAGUAGGGUUAUCAGUAUUAUCGACAAGUGCGUUAGAUGUAGAAAGUGCAGAGGCAAAGAACAGAUUCAAAAGAUGGCAGAUCUACCUGUCGAGCGGCUUUCCCCUGCACCCCCAUUUAGAUAUGCAGGCCUCGACGUAUUCGGGCCCUGGGUCGUGUCCACACGCAAAACCAGAGGAGGUCAAGCACGAGGAAAAAGAUGGGCUGUCCUAUUCACAUGUAUGUCAUGCGGUGCUAUUCACAUUGAGGUUACAGAAUCCAUGGAAGCGUCAAGUUUUAUCAAUGCAUUGCGAAGAUUUCUAGCCAUCCGGGGACCGGCAAAACAAAUUCGUUCUGACUGUGGGACGAACUUCGUCGGCGCCUGUAACGAGAUUGGAAUACCUUUGGACGUUACUGACCAGAAGAUCAAGAAGUACCUCCUUGAAAAUAAUUGUCAAUGGAUUUUCAAUCCUCCCCAUUCAUCUCAUAUGGGGGGAACAUGGGAAAGGAUGAUAGGCAUAUCUAGGCGCAUCCUAGACAAUAUGUUUGCUGAAUUUGGUCCGAUUCAACUAACCCAUGAAGUUCUAACUACCCUUAUGGCCGAGGUGACAGCAAUCGUGAACUCCAGACCACUUACACCAGUUCCGAAUGAUCCUCAAUCACCAGACGUUUUGACACCAAAAUAA